ACGACAGUCCUUGACGGAUUCAUUGUAUUUUAUAUAUGUAACAAGUCGGUGUUUUUUCAUUUUUGCAUAUAUCGACGACAUUUUGAUAUUUUAUAUUUUUAGAAAAAUGAAAACACUUAGGUUUGCGACGACUAUAAAAAGAUUAUGACCGAUCCCGAAAAUCUGAAUGAUUUUAUUUCGUAUUAGCAUUUAUUUCCAUUUACAGAGGUUAUGUUUCAAUGUUAUUCGCUCAAUUCAACAAAUUUAUAUAAUGUAAUAAGACUAUUUUACACCUCGAUAACCUAAGAAGGGAAAUUUAUUUUCAUUAUUUUCUAUAUGAAGUAAAUUUUCUUCUUCUUCCAUUAGUAUCUUCUAUAUUUCUUCUCUUAGUUCUUUGUUAAAAUUGUUUGGUAAAAAUAGAAAAAAAAAAAAAAAAAGAAAAAAAAACAGAAAGACAGAAAACGAUAAGAAUUACUAGCUUUGUUGUUUUCGUAGAAAGAGUUUCCAAAUCUUCGGGAGAUAUUUUUAGCUUAUAUGUAGAAAGAUGUCGUGUGAAAAGCUAGAGGGCACUUAUUAGGAAAGAAACACGAAGAAGAGUUAAGGAAAGUUCAGUUUUCGCCGUGAAGCGAUAUAGUGCGUUUCGUGAUAUAUCGUUACGUUUCAACUUGAAUCACGUGAUUUUAACGUAAUUAAAAACAAAAAUUGUGUAUGUUAAUACAAUGUAUUCCUAACAAUAGAUUCUUUGACGCUCUUUUGAAGAACGAUGAACGUCUUACGUUUUGCUGUCUUUUUAUAUUCAGAAAAGGGGUCAUCCUGUGAUUAAGUCUUGAGUAACCGGUAUGAAGCAUGCAGGCUCCUAUAUCAAGAAGAACGAUAGGAUGCAUUGGAAAAUGUAUUUCUGGUCUGAAACGCGAAGAGUUGGAUCAGAUAACAGAUAAUAUUACGAAAACUCUAACGCAUCCGCGCGGUAGAGAAAUUUUUCGAAGAUAUUUGGAACAACGAAAUCUCAGAGAUAAUCUCGAAUGUUUAGAUUUAUACGAAACAUGUUCAGAAUUUAUCGUGAAAGAACAAAAUACGUUAUCGAAAGAUUUCAACAUAGAAAGUUUAACGAAUGACGUUACGAGAAUGAAAGAACUCCUUGAAGAUUUGGACGGUGUUCCACAGAUAGAUUUGGCUCAUUUGGAACGCUUCAACGAAGCUUUAAACAGUGACUCCAGAAUAACGAUGCUCGCUGUGUUGGAAGAUACAAGGGAACGUUUAAAAGAUCAUUUAAGGCGUGUACACGGAAGUUUUAAACGAUAUGCCUCGGAACCGUGCCCUAUAACUAAAUAAAAAAUUUAUUCAGACAAAGUGUAACGGAUGCACGUAUUGGAAAUACGGAUACCUUACCGGAACCCUUGAAAAGGGAAGUGCAACGGAUUUGGCACAGAAAGUAAUGUUAUAAGAUACGAUAGAUCGCGUAUUAAGAUAUUUAUUUGAAUGAUUUUUGAUAGGUACGAUGAUCUGUUGAAGCAAAACGAACGACUAAAGAAAGAAAUCAAUACAGUGAAUGCGCACGUCGAAGAGAGAAAUAAACAGAUAGAUAGAUAUACUUGAACGAAGGUUAUUGAAUAUGGCUGAAAAUUUAAUAGAACGCGAAGAAGCGAUAAAGAGAGUUUGUAUCAAGUAUUUGAAUCUCAAGAAACGUAAAGACGUGGAAGAAAUUUUAUUAAGAGGUUCGAU